UAUUAAUUUAAUCUUAGGCUUGUUUUCUGUUCCUGCACUAAUAAACUAUAAUGCACAUUAGUGCAAUAAGUUAAAAUGAGACAAGUAUAUUUUGUCUCACUCUAACUUAUUGCACCUAUGUGCACUUUUAUUAGUGCAGAAACAGAAAACAAGCCUCUUAUUAAUUUUAACUUAAGUUAAUUUUGUGUUUUAAAAAAAUUAUUAACCUAACCUAACCCUGGUAAUAUUGGCUGACUUCGAGACGUUCAUUUAUUAUAAUAAUCUUCCAACUUUACGAUGGUCACGCUCCGCGUGCUCGGCAUUUGUUUGCGGCCUGAAGUUGGUCCCAGAUGGAUUUGUUAUUGUCGUGACUAGGGCUGCCAGUUCAUUAUUAUGGGCCGCAUUGACAAAAGAAAGAGAGGAGUCCGAUUUGGCUUAGCAGUUAAUUUCGCCGAAUAAAACUUGGAACGAAGUGAGGAUUUUUUUCGCUAUAUUAUUAAGUCACCAACGUCAACUUCUCGCUUUCCCCGAACCUUUUCCUAGGUUAGAGAGGGUUCGGUCCGCGCCAAGUAUAAGUAUAGGAUAUAGGAAAAACGUCGUAACUUUCGAGGGAAUUUGAACAGUUUUUAUUUUUCGAAUUAUGGGCUCACUGAGUCUCAUCUGCCCGAUGUGCUGCGGCGAAACCUUCAAUAAUCCACAGUCUCUUAAGUAUCACCUGUUAAGUAUGACGGACAAUCUUUAUUGUCCCGGCUGUUCGCAACGUUCCGACUCCGUUGCGGCCCUAAUUCAGCAUCUUGACAAAUGCGAGCAAGAUUUGGAGCGCAAGGUCAGGCUCGACGUUCUGACGGAUAAACUCAUCCUGAAGGAUUCUGAAGUUAAAAUGGAUGCUAAAGUGCAGAUCAAUCGGAGCUUCCUUGCAACAGUGAGCGACAAUGGAAUUGUUAUAAUGGGGGACCCACAGAUGUUACAAAUGGAUGAGAAUGGAGAAAUUAAAGUCGUAGAAAAGAUGGACGCAGAAGAAAUACAACCAGAUCAAAAUUCUCUGGAUUUCAAGAUGUCCGAAGGGCUCUCCGGCGUCAGAGAUGGCAGAAUGCAAAGGAGGCUACAGCCAAUGCAGGAAUUGGUGGCUGUUCCAGUAUCAAGUUCCAGUGUAGACAGCAAGAUGACGGAGAAGAGCGUGAUUGCUGUAUUACCCGAAAAUUCCGAAUUUCUAGACGCUUCCACCCUGAUCGACGUCGAUCAUAUAAAUGAAACUGAAGAAAUCGACGAGACUGGGCUUUUGCGCGUCAAGCAAGAACUAUGCGAUGAAUCCGAUGCUGUAUAUAGCUGCACCAGCUGCGACAUCAGCUUCAACUCUGUUCUGGAGCACAUCAAGCAGUUCCACGACGGUCAGGAAGUGUUGCUGGAGAUGGCGGAGCAGUUAAAUGAUCUGGCGUCGCCUGCGAACCAGGUAUCCGCGAUAUCCGAAGAUUCAGAAAACGUGAAUAACACAGGACGACAACGGCAGACCAUGAAUACGCUUCGUACAGAGGAAUGUGUGGACAACGAAGGCAGAUUCUACACCAGAAAGGUAGUCCAGAUCGAGAGAUUUUGGGACCGUACACCGAUCCAGAUUACAUCGCAAUCGUCAGCGAAAGCUCCGAUGAUUGAGAAAUUCUUUUCGAAUGUGGAAGGUGUUAAGGUACGAGAGAAGCGUCUGGCGACUGCGUCAAUGCGGAUGUACAGAUGCAAUCAGUGCCUGCAGCAAUUCUCCAAGUUGGGUAACUUUCGCGUGCACGCCUGUCUACACGGCAAUAAUCGCUGCGAGCACUGCGAUCAAACUUUUGCGACACCUAAGGCCUUGCAACUCCACGUAAAAGUACACGAGGGCGAGAUUGAUCCGAGCCAAAAAUCAUUCAUUUGUACCAUUUGCGGUACGGAAUUCUGUUCCCACAAGAGCUUGCGUUUGCAUUCAAGAAUGCACGCCCCGGUAAGAGCCAGACACGUUGACGCACCCGAAGGAACCCCUAAUGCGACCUUCACUUGUCCUGAAUGCGGUAAAACGCUAUCAGAAUCGUAUAAGGACACGCACAUGGCACUACACACUGGUGAUUCGGUGACGUGCGCUGUUUGCAACCGUAAAUUCGACUCUGCCGACAGUUUAACGAUGCACGCGGCCGUUCAUACUGAAAUAGGACUUCCACAUUCGCCUACUUCGCCUGCUACGAUUUUAACCCCAUUAGCCAGAGAGACGACAGCAACAACAGUCAAAACGACGACGAUGAUUGCGACAACAUCUUCGACAACAACGACGACGACGACGACGGCGACCACCACGAUGACGACGGCGGCGACUCCGACGGAAACUGGAGACAACCAGAAACCCUAUCAGUGCCAGCAUUGUGGUCGCAGAUUCACCAGACCCCACGAAAAAGUGAAACACGAACGAAUUCACACCGGAGAGAAGCCGCAUGCUUGCGAGGUUUGCGGGAAGACCUUUCGUGUGUCCUAUUGCCUGACCCUGCACAUGCGCACCCACACCGGGGUGCGUCCUUAUGCCUGCCAGCACUGCGGCAAGCGCUUCAAAGCCUCCUCCGUCUACAACCAUCACCUGCUGACCCACGGCGAGGAGCGCGCGUACACCUGCCCGUACUGCCCAAAGACGUUCAAGACUCGGGUUCAGCUCGCCGGCCACAAGAACAGCCACACAAAGCCGUUCCGAUGUACCGAGUGUUCGCGACCGUUCGCCUCACUCUACGCCGUCCGCGCUCACAUCCAGACCCAUAAGAAGGAUAACAAUCUCAAGUUCAGCUGCUACGUGUGCGGCGCCUCGUACGGCCGGGCGUUCGCCCUUAAAGAUCACUUGAAGCAGCACGGCCAGGACGCGCUGGCGCCGCCGGAGCCUGCCCGGGAGGAGGAGGUGCGCGAGGACUUUCUCCUCCGGGGAGAGGAGACGUCGCUGCCACCGCUGCCUCCUCUCGUUCCUCCAUGUUCCUCCAACAUGGAUGAUUAAAGUUCAAUUUCGAUGCUAGUCGAGUCCAUCGCUCGUGAAGAUCGCAGUUAUUGUAUUCUUAAACCUUUUGCGGAGAGUCCAGGUGGCAAAAGUAGUCGCUUUGAUGAUAUUAAGACUAAUAUUGGCCGACCAUAUUGGAAUUGACGUCAGAGGCGUUGAAAAUUCUUAGAUUUAAAAAUGAAAGGAUAUUUCGAUGAAAUAUUCAAGUUUACAGUCAUUUUACAGCUGUUGAUUGAU